AGUCAGUUGAACUCUUUGUCCGAAUCACCAUAAGGUCGGUUUUUGUGCCAUAUACGGUCGGUUUUCAGUGCCCGACUGAUCGGUUCAGAUUCCAACUACGUAGUUUUUUUUUUUCAUAGGUCUAAAGCAAGACAGGAAAAAAAAAGUCCGGAGUCCCCGUCCAUAGUCAAAAUACCUUGGAUUGGGAUUACGAAUGAGUAGGAACGAUAGUGAAACCUUAUCUGGGGUUUUUUUUUUAUAUUGCAUAAAAUAAAACUAAUUUUAUCCCAACUGAAGCACUGGUGGCAUUCGCAAGUGUCAACGCAAUGGCUAAAGAAUUAGGAGAGGAAAUAACUAAGAAGCCAUUGAUAAUAGCAAUGAAAGGGCAUCCCGGCACUGGCAAAUCCACUUUAGCCCAUGCCUUAGCCUCAGCCCUCAAAUUCCCUCUCGUCGACAAAGAUGACAUCCGCGACUCCACUUUUCCGCUCCAUCAGCAACCACAAGGUUCCCACACCCUCCUCAACCACUUCUCCUACGAAGCUAUCUGGCGAGUCGCCUCAACUCAGCUCCACCUCGGCAUCAGCGUCAUCAUCGACUCUCCUCUCUCUCACAGAACCCAUCUCGACCGUCUCAUCAGCUUAGCGGCGUCGGCCGGAGCCCGCCUCCUGAUUGUGGAGUGCCGGCCAUCGGACGAGGCUAAGUGGAGGGAGAGGCUUGAAGGGAGGGAAAAGAGUUGGCACAAGCCAAACUCUUGGGAGGAGCUUCAGGAGCUGAUUAAGGGGUAUGGCGGAUGCACGGAGUACGAUGUCGGAGAUGUGCCCAAGAUGGUGGUUGACACGACGGCGCCUAAUCUAGGGGUGGAGGAGUUGGUUUCCAGUGUAGUGCGUUUCAUUGCUUCUUCUUGAGGCAGAUCAGUUGGAUUGUACUGUGGGCGACCCAACCCCGAUGUGCAUAAAAACUUUAUUACUACUAGAAAGACUUCAUUUUAAAAUGCUGUUUUGCGUUUUUGAAGCGUAUACUCUCAAUCAACUAUAAUUUUUUUUACUUUAUUCAUUAAAAAUAAAAAUUUUAUAAUUUAAAUA